GUUAGAUACACCAAGUCCCUAGCCGGGAGCCAAUCGGCGUGCGGCAAACGAUCCGAUGCCGAAUCGUUCUGAAGGCGGUUGCGUUCGUUUUUUUAUCGCCAUUACGCUCGUUAUUGCGUUACUUACUUCGUUUUGUUUCCACGCGUUGCAUACACGUGCCCGCAAAAUAAAGGUGUUAAAAUAUCUACAAACAGUUCUUUUCCUAUACGAAAAACGCGAUUCAAAUAUCGCGAAAUUACCAGGCCCCUCGAAAUACGAGAGGAUCGGCGUCAUCAAGCAUCAUCGAUGGUAAUUCCUAACCUCCGAAGAUUUACUCACGGUUUUACUGACGGUGUUUCGAGCCUUGCUGUUACGGAUUAUUGUUUACGGUUCGGAGAACUGUUCUGCAAAACACCGAGAAAGCUGACCGAGCCUCGUCGCGCAGACUCCGCUCGAGAAAAGACAGUGGCUAUCGAUUCAGUUCUACCAACGGAAGGACACUUUCUGGUGAUUUUGUCGAUUGCCUAGGGAUUCGCAAGCACCCUUAUGCACUUUAAACUUCAUCUUUCAACAGUACCGCAGGAUCAGGUGUGCGACGAGAAUUAGCCGAUGCGACGAUCAGUAACUCGUGGAAGCGCAAAAUCGAGCUUUCUGUCUUCUAAGGACACUGAUUUAACGACAGAAGUGCAGAAGGAAGUGGCAGCCAUCAAACUAGCGCGCGUAAGAUCGGCAAGCGGACGUAGACGGGUAAGAAGAAGAGGAAAACCGAGGAAGGAUACGAAACAGCGGAGGAAGCUGACACGAAAGGAAGACAAGGAGCUCUCUCAUACAGUCAGCUAGCUAUAAUCCCUUCUCGGAAGAUGAAUCACCCUGUCGACCGUCUCUCAAGACCACGUUGAUGGCGAGAUAGAGGUGGCGAAAGAAGGUGACUCGCUUCGAGAGCAGCUGUCAGCGCUCGACCACUCUUCCUCUUUCUGAAUUUACUCGUGACAACGACGAUCCUCGAAGAACGAGAAGAAAACGAACGAAUACGCCGAGUGAAAUUCAAUUUAGACCACGAAACAAAACGAAUCAACCACCAACUGCAACUGGAGCGAAAAGGUCGUUGUUCCUGUUGAAUCGAGUUUCACUUUCGUGAAAUCUCCGAGGAGUGUUGGUAAACACAGAAUGGACUUUGGACGAGUGAAACGAGACGCAGGUGGCUUCGAAGGCUGGAGACGAUUGUUUGGACGAUACCCAUCUGGAUUAACAAGCUGGUUCUCUGCGAAAAAAGAUCAAAGAAUGUGAUCGAAACAGGAUCGAAGCACGCGCCGGCAAUUUGAAAGUGCGAACUUUUUCGCGCGUGCACCCGCGCAUGCGCCGAGUUGCUGUAGCGGCCAUUAGUGCCGCGCAGCCGUGUAGUUUCCCGCCAUCCGCCAUGACAGACCCACGCGCGGAAUUUUGUCUACAUUUGUAUUGUGGAGAACAGUGAACUGUGCGUGUCGGACGUAUUUCGUGCGAUUAUAUUGAUACAAGUUCGAUCUCUGUUUAACCUGUGCAUUCUCAACUUUCGCUUUCAUGAUAGGCGUCCAUCCCAUGAGUCAUUGCGGCCAAUCAAGGUAUUGUGCGACGUCGCAGUAGAAACAGACAGCCGAACUAAUCCGAUGACGAACGAGGGUUCGUCUCGGACUCAAACCAGUUUGCUGUUCCAGUCGAGAUCGAUCCCCUCUGCCGUAUCGACGCGUUCGCGGACUUCCGCCCAUGUCCCGUGCGGUGUGGGCAGCGUUCACGUGAAGCAUGCGCAUCUCUUUGCGAGCGGUGUCGCUUGACGCCAGUCUGUCCGAGGACGAGGUGACGGUAACAUCGGCUGCUCUGGUUCAUAGGGUUCCGUGCUCGCGUCUGCUCCCCUUCCUCCUCUCUUUUCAUCGUCGGGAUCCUCGGGAUCUACGUGGAUCCGGAUCGCGUGAUGCGGCUACCACGUGACGUAGAUCGCCGCGGGAACCGGGAGUGUAGUGCGUGACGGCGUGGCGGGUGUCCUCCGAGUCCUCUGUGUAUCCGCGUGUGUCCUCGAAUCGGUUCCAAGCGGGUACGGGAAUAUCUCGCGCGUCCAGGUGACUGCUGGUCCAGUGACCAGGAACGCGUUGGUACCGGAUUGACCCUUAAGGAUUUUUAAACUGGCAAAGAUUGAUCGAGUGCAGAUUUCGCGUCGUAGUGUGACAGUGAUUCGGUGUCGAUCUGUCUGCGAGUGAUCAAUCGGUGGGGGGGGGGUUCGCGUCCAACUUUUCGUCCGGUUCGUUCGGGAAUGUACAAGUUCGGGAUAGCCCGUGUUCGUGGACGCUCGUAAGGGUGAAUUGAGCCUGUACACGAAAACAGGCAAAGAAUGUCUUCGAGAAAGCGGAAAGAAAGAAUUUGAAAAACUUUGGUCCGUCCAAAGAGAGCUAGCGGAGAGAAGCAAUAAAGCGGUUCCGCGGUGGACGCAGUUACGCGACAUCCGGCUGCUUUUCCUCCUGGAAAAACUCGUGAGGAUGAAACGAACCGGUAAACGUCGGAACGGUAGCUUUCUCUUGGGCAUCAUUAGGGCUGGCGCUUUUUACUUAUACCGUCACAUCAAGCAUGCCAUUAGAAAUGAGAUCGUCUUUUUGUAAUUCGAACACAUCGACGGAUUUACGUGAAUUCGCGGUGAACGAGAACGAUCGCGAGGAUGUACAUCGAAGUCUGAUCUUGAUCGGCACAAUCUACCUCUGGAACAUUUUACAUUUUAGUGGGCAGUGUCGGAAAAUUCGGGAAUCGUAUCGAAAAUAGAACUGAAGGAUUUCGCGUCGAAUCUAUACCGCGCGUACUUGGACUGUUUACCUUUGAAAACGCUGAGUCUGGAAUGUCUACGAGCGCGUGUUGACUAGUUCUCGAGGGCCGUCAGCAGUUUUGCUUCGAGCUAAACAAACAGUGCGAGAGGGGAAAAGGGCAAACCCGAACCAGAGUCAGUUCGGACAUCGAAGCAUGAGCUGAAGCUACCGAAUUGAUCGGAAUCCCCUGGGUUGUUCUUAGUCAGCGACCUCGAAAUCGUGCCGUGACGUGGAUCGUGUCGCGUACUGAUGCAUCCUGAACGCUCGAGCGGUCCUCGUGGUAACGGGGUGGGCAGGAUCGCGUGCGUUGCAGCCCCGGCAGGCGGCUAGACCCAAGGGAUGAAAGCGUUGCGGAGGAUCGAGUGAACACGAGGUGGAGGCGCGGAGACGGGGUUAAAAGGGCGCGAACUAAGAUGACGUCGUCGAUCCUGGCGCUGCUCGGUCUUAUCCUGGCAAGCGCCAGCGCCGAGCUUACCUCGAGGAUCGUCAGGACAAAGUAUGGGGAACUUUCGGGCGUUAUCGUGACCCUCGACCGUCAUCUCGAAGGGGUCGAAGUGUUCCGUGGCGUUCCGUACGCGUCGCCGCCGAUCGGUUCGUUGCGUUUUAUGCCACCGGUUAGCGGUGCGUUGUGGCACGGUGUGAAGGUAGCGAACAAGUUUGGCCCUGUUUGUCCGCAAAAGCUUCCGGAACUCACCGACAAGAUGCCGAAAGGAAGAGUCGAGUAUCUCAGGAGGCUACUACCCUAUCUGAGGAACCAGAGCGAGGACUGCCUGUACCUGAACAUCUACGCACCGGUUCAAGCCGGUUCGAGGGACAGCGGGGGUAGGAGAUACCCGGUGAUCGUUUUCGUCCAUGGAGAAAGUUACGAAUGGAGCAGUGGCAACCCCUACGACGGCAGCGUCCUCGCCAGUUACGGGGGUGUCGUUGUCGUCACCAUAAAUUACAGGCUCGGCAUUCUGGGCUUUCUAAACGCCAACACGGAUUCGCACUUACGGUCGCCAGCGAAUUACGGGCUGAUGGAUCAGAUCGCGGCGUUGCACUGGGUGCAAGAGAACAUCGCCUACUUUGGUGGAGAUCCCAGGAACGUGACGUUGAUCGGCCAUGGGACCGGUGCCGCUUGCGUCAACUUUCUGAUGACCAGUCCCACAGUGCCUGAUGGUCUGCUGUUUCAUCGCAGUGUUCUAAUGUCUGGCAGUGCGCUUUCUCCAUGGGCACUGGUGAGAGGAGCCGCAAAUUACGCUCUGCAAGUUGCCAAACACCUAAAUUGCUCGUGGGCCUCGGGUAAUCCUCAAGCCCUGCUCAUGUGUCUAAGGGAGGUGCCACUGAACGCCCUGGUGUCUGUCCCCGUCAAAGGGUUGGAAUUCGCUCCUGCCUUCGGUCCCAGCAUCGAUGGGGUAGUGAUUGAUCCUGGAGAUCCAGAGGAUCAGGACUUCACCCUGCAGGUCGACACGAUCAAUACAUUGAACAACAUUCUGCUACGGAAGGACGUCGUGGCCAAGCUCUCGAGGUACGAUCUGAUGAUAGGUGUGGUUCGAUCAGAGGCGUAUUUCUCUUUGACGGCAGACGAUGCGCAAUAUGGGAUCGAAGCCGACAGAAGGACAAAGAUUCUAAGGGAAUUCGUGCGAAACACCUACACGUAUCAUCAGGCGGAAAUUCUGGCGACGAUAAUUAACGAAUACACGGACUGGGAACGGCCCGUGCAACAUCCGGUUAACAUAAAGGAUGAAACUCUCGAAGCUUUAGGGGAUGCAAACACCGUGGCACCGGCUACAAGAACAGCGGAUCUACACAGUCAAUCACAUCGAAACUCUUACCUGUAUGUGUUCGAUUAUCAAACCAAGUUCGGCGAUUAUCCUCAGAGACCGGGCUGCAUCCAUGGCGAGGAUCUACCAUAUUUUUUUGGAGCACCCUUGGUAGGCGGUUUGUCCCAUUGGCCGAAAAAUUACACGAGGGCAGAGAUAGCGCUGUCCGAGAGCGUAAUUCUCUAUUUAACCAACUUCGCACGCACCGGGAAUCCAAACGAGGGUACACCGGAUAUCGGACCGCUCAGACCCGAGAGAACGAAGUUCAAGAACAUCGAUUGGGUCGCUUACGAAGCGGUGCACAAGAAGUACCUAAGUAUAGAGCUCAAGUCGAAGCUGAAGAACCACUAUAGGGCGCACAGACUCUCGUUUUGGCUGAAUCUUGUGCCCGAUCUACACAAACCUGGCUCGGACGAUGUUCCCAGAUCCCAUCAUCUUCUCGACACUGAACAGGUACCACCCCGGUUCAUCCAGAGGAUACCAACGACAACUAGGAUGACCACGGCGGAAGUGACGUUGACGGAACGGCCUCAAAACGUGACGACUGCGAUACCAAGCGAGCUGGCCUUCGAGGACUCCACUGCCCAACCGGAGGACGGCUUCGCAGCUUACUCGACGGCGCUCAGCGUGACGAUCGCGAUUGGCUGUAGCCUUCUGAUCCUGAACGUGUUGAUUUUCGCCGGGGUUUAUUAUCAGCGUGACAAGAGCAACCAGCACAAUUGCUCGAAGAAGCGACAGGAGAACGGACAGAUGCCCAACAACAUUUGCGGCGACCUGGACACAAAAACUGCCGAGAGACACCACAUCCAACACAUCCCCCCGCCAGAAUUCGCCGAUCUGCAGAACAACAGCUGUCACGUGCCGAUGCCACCACCACCGCCGAAGAACACGAAGCCUGGAAAGCCUGGACAGAACCUGAUCAUCAGCCCGAAUCAGCUUCAACAGGAGAGCCUGGCGAUGACUGGCACAGGGACCCUGAAGAAGGGCCAUAAUCAUCAGCAGCAGGUGAUGGACGAACUGAGGGUCUGACUCUACGAGUACCUCGUAGUUGGUGCCCCAUCAUCGUGGACUGUCGAUGAUUUUAGUGUAAGACUGAUCAGAGUACUGCGUGAAUCUUUAAGUGCAUCGUUUUGAUCGUGUACACCAGAUCGACCGUGACUUUCAGUAGCUGAAUGACGAACCUUUGUCGUGAACUUCUUGGCAGCUGUGGUAUCAGGUGAAUAAUUAAAGAUCUAAAUACUUGUUUUCCAGCGGAAUCAUUGAACGAAUGAAAUUUAUUCGGGAGGAAUUUGAAAGGGUGUCGAGGCUAAUUUAUUUUUCUUUCUAUAGAAUCGUCGUUGAAAUUGAUGUUGUAUUUAAUAUAAUUAUUUACGAGUGUGCUGUCAACGAGACACGAAGCCAAUGUGUUCAUUCACGACAAGGAGAAUAUUCGAUCGUAUUCUUGACGAUUCUCGAUGAUUAUCGAAAAAAUCCUUGAAAGUCAUCAAGAAUGUAUCCCUGGAAUUAAACCGAUAGAAAUCCCUUGGUGAACCGACGAGAUUCACUUACGAGAAGUGAAAGUGCCGCCUAAUUUGUCAGACCUUAUCGUUUUCUACUCAUCGCGAUAAAUAUACAGUAUAGGAAAAAGCACAUGCGACCAACUGCCGACAAAUCGCGUAAUCUUCGACGUGUUGUAGCAACAUUUAAGUAGAACCUUCUCAAGAUAACACAGAAUAUAUUUUCCAACGAUCGCCUAAUCGAUUUGCCAAUAGUGUCGUUUUUUCAAAAGAGCGGAAGUCAAAUACUCGAGACUGCACCCUUCGUGGUACCCUCGUGGUCCAAUGAAGUUUUCUCCCCUUUCUCGUGUUUAAGUUAAUUACAAAAGUCUAUUUAAUACGUUGGGUAUAAACGUGUUGAACGUUUGAAGCAAAGCGAUUGAUCAUUUAACGUGUUAAAUAUAAAAACAUCAUUGCGUUUUUAGAAUAAAGUUACGUAAGGGUCGGUCUUCAACGACCCUUGAUUCUUGAAGAGAUUAGAUCCACUUCAAGUGAUUUACGAAAGUGUUCUAUUUUCAACAAGUCUAUUCCUGUAUAUUUGUUCAAUCGUUAACGGUUCUUUCAGAGAAAAUGCUCAAUAAAUAAAUAAAAAAAACACACACACACGAACGAAGAAAUGAAUGAGAUUUCGAAUCGAGUAACACCGGGUACUUUUUUUUUACCCCAGGGGAAAAAAAGGUGAAAAAUAGAAUAAAACAGCGAGGUCAGUUUGCGAUUUAUCAUUACAAAAUAAACAACAUAUACUGCCAAACGAAUGGAACGGACACUUUUAGCUGACUAUGUAAAUCAAUACGAAGCAGCGUGACUACUUCGACGGCGAGAAUCGAUUAUUCGAUUACGUGUAUAGGUUGUGGUUCAAAAGAGUGGAUGAAGGGGUAACGAAUGAGUCGUUUUUAGAAAAGGUUUGUUUUUUUUCUAAGGGUGAAACGAUCGAGAGAAAGAGAGAGCGAUCAACUCUUGACUGAAGAAUGAGUUUAGACUGUAAAUAAUGAAUAAUUUAAACUUAGUGGUUCGUCGAGUCGCUGGUAUUGAAAGAAGAAGCAGGGGAGAAUGGAAAAUCCGAUUGUAACUGCACUUGUCGAGUAACGUGAUGGUGUGACAGCGUAGAAGCACUGGACGUAAUUUUAAAUUUGUAUAUAAUUGACAUUACAAUAAACCAUGUAAACAAUUAC